AUAUAUAUAUAUAUAUAUCGCUUAAAUAUAAGAACUGACUAUCUGUACUGAUCAUAUGUGACCUAAACUAUAUAUAUUAUGAACUAUAUUUAUAUUAUUCAAUACUGCCAGUAAAUAUCGACACCAUAAGAGUGAACCUUAUGUCAUGGUUUCCUGCAACAUAGAAAAAACGAGGGCACUCGAAAGUGGGGAUUAACAUAACCACUUAGAAAACGCUAUGGCACUAGCAUGAUCUCCACUACGGAAGUUCCGAUCGUUUCGGUAACUUUUAAAUAUUUUAUAUUUAUUUCAGAUUUCGCUGAUCCAACAAUACUAAAUUAUUGGACACAGAACGUAUGUUUGCAAACACAAGCAAAAAAACAUGCACUAUGGAACUUAUAUGGAACAUUCAAUGUAAGAGACUCAACUACAUAAUAUUAAACAAGUGAUAUGCUACAUAUAAUAUAAUAUAUGUAAAAUAAUUUCUGUGAUAUUCUUGUGAUAAGCAUACGAAGCAUGGCAUCUCUAUUAGGAAACAAGAUUCGAGAACGUGACAUACGAAGAAGAAAAAUGAGUUAUGGUAGACCGCCGCCCCGUAUCGACGGGAUGGUUUCCCUGAAAGUUGAUAAUCUCACAUACAGGACGACGCCAGAAGAUCUGAGGCGCGUGUUCGAGCGAUGCGGUGAAGUCGGCGAUAUUUACAUCCCCCGAGAUCGCUUCACGCGCGAGAGUCGCGGUUUUGCGUUUGUCAGGUUUCUGUUGUACAUAUGUACAAGAAAAAUUUUAUUAUCUGAACAUAUUCACAGAUCACGAAGUAGAAGCAGAGAUCGCAGGCGUUCACGAUCUCGAUCCCGUAGUAGAUCGCGUAGCCGCGACAGAGAUCGUAGGCGUUCCUACAGCCGCAGUCGUAGCCGCUCUCGUUCCGACAGUAAGAGCUCGCGCGGCAAAUCACGCUCGCGCAGCAAAUCUCAAGACAGACAAAAAGAUAGUCGUUCCAAAUCCAGGGACUGAGCUAAUCGAAGAGUGUGCGAAAGGAUAAGAAUGAAUGCGCCUAUCCAACGAGUGCCGAAUAAUCUAUGUUGAGAUUGAAAAAGGUAUUCCAUUACCCUCUAUAGCAACACUCGCACGCUUCUUCAUGUUCUUCUAUCAUUUAAAUAUAUACAUGUUAAACAGUUAUAUAUCUAUUUGAAUCGAUAUUACGUAAUUUCAUCAAUUUGGAAACGCGGUUAGUUUCUCUAUAUAACAUAUUUUUUUUUCUUAUAUGUGCUUCUUUAUUCGUGCUGUAUACACGGUUUUGUUGUGUAACGUUUAGCAUCGCUUUCAGUUCAUAACUAAAUCGAUUAAUUAGAUUUGUGCUCGCGUGACGAUCAAGUUCUGGAUUGUUCUUCAUAUUUCAAUAAGGAAUUUAGUUGGUAAAUUUUAUGAUAUAAGACAUUAUGUAUUAUGUUUCAUAAAAUUAUAAAGCUACAUAUAUUAUUCGUUAUAGUUUUCAUCGGCGAAGAUCAAUAUUACAAGAUAAUAGCAAAAAA